AUUUAAACAAAAGACCUGCGAUUGUAUUUAAACAACAGACCUACGCAUAGCUAUCAUAGGAUAUUCAAAGCUGUAAAAUUUUCUUGCAGGUUGGCAUUAGGGAUGGUGUUGUAUGCAAUAACAUUUGGCAUUCAAGCUCUUUCAGGAAACAUCUAUUUGAACCUAUUUCUUUUUAGUAUAGCAGGAAUUCCUACAAAGAUCAUCGCCCUCUGGUUACAAAACAGGUUUGGAAGGCGGAUUUCUAGCGUUCUUUGUUUUAUUGCUGUGGCUGCAAGUGGAUUUGUUGUUGGUGUUGUACAAAGUAUUGAUGCUAGCAAUAAAGACAUUCUCACAAAUGUAUUUUCAAUUAUUGCAAGUGUGGGAAUAAACACAGCAUGGGGACCGGUCCAAACCAUGACAAUUGAGGUGUAUCCAACAGUCGUUAGAAACAUAGGAAUGGGAUCAAUGAAUACCAUGGCUAGGAUUGGUGCUAUAAUAGGACCACAGCUUGUUUAUUUGAACUAUCACGUGCCUGGAUUGAUGUACUAUGUUUGCGGAGCUAUAGGCGUUCUGUGCAUUCUAUCCCAGUUAUGGUUACCGGAAACCAAAGAUUCGAACCUUAACGAUAAAUUUUAGAUGUUAAAAUACAGAAAGAAGCUAUUCUUCACCGAUCCUUUUAUAAUAAUAUCUGUUUCUACAUAAGGAAUGUUUUAACAAAGUUUCAUUACAAUUUGUGCAUGCGUAGUGAAGAAAGUAAGAACAAAAUACUCGUAAUCUAGAAUUUAAAAUAGUUAGAAACAUAUGUUUCAUACGUUGAUGUACUAGGCAACUUCAGUUACAUGUAUUCGUAGCCUGACGUCAAACGAAUUGCAACACAAGAUUUUUCUUUAUUUUUAUUUUAUCAACAUGUAUGAAUGUGCCUUACAUUAAAACCGGACAAAAUAUUCAAUCAGAAACUUAAUUUAUGGAAAGAGUUAAAGUUCGUGAUACAAUAUGUUAAAAUAUGGCGAAUAUCCUGCCUCUAUUUGUUGUAAAUGACAACCUAAUGCAUGUUACUUGUGGAAAUUGUGUAAUGAAUAACAAUAGUAUAAUUUUGUUUAACUACUGUACACAUACUCAUGUUAAACAAUAAAAAUGUUACCAGACUCAAAUCCCCAUAUUGAAUUAAUAA